AUGGAUUACCAGAAUCGAGCAGGCUCCAAAUUCGGUGGCGGAGGCGUUGCGUCUCACUCCGCAACCAACGCUGACCGUCGCGAGCGGUUGCGCAAGCUUGCGCUCGAGUCCAUCGAUCUCGACAAGGACCCUUACUUCUUCAAGAACCAUGUCGGCAGCUUCGAGUGUCGUCUCUGUCUCACCGUCCACCAAAAUGACGGCUCCUACUUGGCCCAUACCCAGGGCAAAAAGCACCAGACGAACCUCGCCCGUCGUGCAGCCCGUGAACAGCGCGAGGGCAAGAACCAAGAUCCUUCCACGGCGCCAGGGGCCAUGGGAGUGCAGGUCAAGAAGCAGACCAUCAAGAUCGGUCGACCGGGAUACAAAAUCACCAAGAUUCGUGACCCGUUAACGCGACAGAUGGGAUUGCUGUUCCAAUUACAAUUCCAGGAAAUCACACCCGGGAUCGUCCCGCGCGUGCGUUUCAUGUCGGCGUUUGAGCAGAAGAUUGAAGACCCUGAUAAGAAUUUCCAAUAUUUGGUCGUGGCGGCGGAGCCAUAUCAGACCUGUGCGUUCAAGCUUCAGGCUAAGGAGAUUGAUCGCCGCGAGGGGAGAUACUGGACCUGGUUUGAUGAGGAUAGCAAGGAAUUUUGGGUUCAGAUCAUGUUCAAGACGGAGCGGGAGGAACGGUUUAGUGGUGUGCCUGGUCUUGCGCCCAUGCGGACCUGA